GUGAUGUAAAUUGAGUGUUUUUGUAGGCAAUAUGAUAAUUUAAUUAGGCUGAAUUAAGAUUAGGCAUUCAGCUUGUUUGAGCCUGCAACUACAAUCCUUUUGAAGUUCUGGCAUGUGGUCCAGUAGAACCCAUGAACCCAAGAUUUCCCAAUGGCAACAAUAAUCCAUAAAUCCUUGGCCUGCUACUCAGAUGCUUCCUUUUCUAGAGAAACACAAAUUUAAUAGUCUAAACAGAACUAAUUGUAGUUGUGUUUAAAAUUGGCUUUGAAAACUUUUCAGAAACUUUAGUAGGUUCAACAUAUGAUAGUCAUAUCACCCCCAUUUCUUUUCCAGAUGCAUUGGUGUGAAUAUCCUGCAGAAUCGAAAGAUAGCCAGAUCUUUAUUAUUGGCAUGCAGUGCACAAUGACGUAUGCUGCAUGGAAGAUGUAGUAUGAUUAGUACAAGGAAUAAUUACAGUGUAAAGAUAAUUGUAAUUUAAACAUGAUAAUAGUCCUACUUUGUUAAAUUAGAGGUAUAAUUGAAAUAUCUGCAGAAUUGUCUUUCCCAAUAGAAUUGGCCUGCUCUACUUCAUUAAGGCCAGAAGGGACUUACUGUGGAUCCCAUCAGCCAAGAAAUUUCGACUGAUGUGAUACAAGAAAAGAGCCUUCUCUGCCAUUAUGGCUCCAGCUGUUUGGAAAAUCUUGCCAUACAAGUCGUACUUCGUUACAGAUUAUGAUCCCACAAUUGAAGACUCCUACACAAAACAAUGUGUAAUAGACGAAAGAGCAGCAAGAUUAGACAUUCUAGAUACAGCAGGCCAAGAAGAAUUUGGAGCUAUGCGGGAACAGUAUAUGAGGACUGGAGAAGGCUUUCUGCUUGUAUUUUCAGUCACAGAUAGAGGAAGUUUUGAAGAAAUUUAUAAAUUUCAAAGACAAAUUCUUAGAGUAAAAGAUCGUGAUGAGUUCCCUAUGAUUCUAGUUGGAAACAAAGCUGACCUGGACCAUCAGAGACAGGUAACACAGGAGGAAGGUCAGCAAUUAGCACGGCAGUUGAAAGUAACCUAUAUGGAAGCUUCAGCAAAAAUACGGCUCAACGUAGAUCAAGCUUUUCAUGAACUUGUCCGAGUUAUAAGGAAAUUUCAAGAACAAGAAUGUCCUCCUUCCCCAGAGCCAACGAGGAAGGAGAAGGACAAGAAAGGGUGCCACUGUGUCAUCGUCUGAAGAUCCUUUAAAACAAGCUAUCGACUGCCAGAUUAAUUCUCCUCACUUUUCUUCCUGUGUGUCUCGAUGUUUUGUCUUGCUUUAUGUGUGCAUGUUGUAUAAAUGGUCACCAAAAUAGCCUUAGUUGGAAAGAAUCAGACUGGUCCAGACCUAGAAGACACCUUAGUCAUCUCACAUCAGAGGUCAAUACACUAAGGCUUCUUUUAAUACUCCCAAAUUCUUUUUCCUUAUGUCAAGAAACUUGCACUUUGUGGAGUUUUAUUCACAAUGGACAAAAAGUAGUUUUAGGAGUCUAUUGAAGUCAAGAUUAAAAUGGCUGUAUGGGUAUCCCCCUCCUCCCCCCCAGUGAGAUCUUUGUUGAUCAUACUCAAGAGAGAGAGAGAAAGAGUUCUCUAAUCAAUAUGUAGAGUAUUUUUUUAAAAAGUAGGUUUGGAGGUUUUUCCCUUUAAUUAGAUUAGGCAACAAAAUUCAGCCUGCCUUACAGGAAGCCAAUACACUGAAUUUCAUUGGCAAGGUUUUGUGUUACAGCUCUUGUUUAUGCUGUAGUUUUCUCCAGUGCUCAACUCUCUACUGUAUUUAUUUUAUGGUUCCAGUAAUAGCUACAGGAUUAUUAGUAUUACAGCUUUAUGGCCAAAUACCUGGGCUCAUUAUGGACUGGAGCAUUUUAGUUUUAAAUAAUGUUACAUCAUGGUUUGGAAUAAAAUUGUGUCUUCCUUUUGUAUUUCCAAGUAGGAGAUUCCAGAAAAGUUAAUCUGUAGCUUUUGUUUUUCAUGUAAUAUAAAAAGAGGAUUUUGCUCUUUCCAUUGUCAGAUGAUUAAAUGUUUUUUGCUAUAUACUUUUAUACAUUAUUUUCUUAUCAAACUAGUUAACAAGUAUUUUUAUAUGUUUGUAAGCAAAUAUGCUUUCACAGCAUAAGUUGUGUAUAUGUAAAGAUGAGUAUUUAAUUCUCACAGUAUACUUUCAACUGAUGGAACUACGUGAUGCAAGAUUUGUAGAACUGUGGUAGAACCUCUUUCUUGUUCCAGCUUUACUGAAUGAUGGCAGGCAGAUGUCUUGCCCAAUAUACAGUAACCAUUAUCGUAUCAUGUUUUUUCAAAACACCUUCCGUAUGCUUCACAAAUGACUGACCAUUAUGUAACUAUUAAACUGUACAAGUGUUUAACUGAAUGUUCAGUUCAGUGGGUGAUAUCCAACUUUAAAGUAUGCUAACUGUGGUUAAGAAUUUUGGAUUUACUCUGUGGGACUACACACUUAGUGGGAUUGAUAGUUUGCCAUUUUCUGAAAUUGUGAACGAGUGCCGUAGUGAUUAUUUCACAAAGUUUGGUUAUUUGAUUAUUCAGUAUAGUCUUAAGUAACAUUAGACUUUAAAACUAUAAUUGACAGGUCCACAAUGGAGAGGUGAAAAAGACCUCAGAUAACCAUUUUCCGGCUGAAAUUACUUAAAAAGCAAGCCAACCAGAAUGUUCCAAAUUCACCUAUAAUAUAAAUCAGGGCAGAGUUGCUUUAUAAUUUAAAUUAUGUUGUGAGCAUAAGCUAAACAAAUUAUUGAAACAGAACUUGAGCAUAAAACAUUUUAGAACUGCACACACAUUCACAGCACCAUUGCAGAUGGAGGCCAUAGUUCUCCUUAACAGAGCUUCUGGUACUGUAGUUACGUAUUUAUAAAAUAAGUAAAACCUCCGUUCUCUUCACCAUCAGGGACACGUCCAUAUAAUUUGGAUAACAGUAUAGAAAUGAUAUGGCACUGCUGCUUCCUGAGAUUGUUAACUUUUCAGACCAAAACACAACUCUAUUACUGUAUUUCCUGAUAGUCUUUCCUACAAGGACUAACCAGAUUUGAUCCUGCUUAACUUUUUGAAAUCAGCUAAUGUCAGCCAAGUGAGUACAUGUAAGCUGUCAUUUACAAAACAAAAGUUAAGUGGAGUAAGCAGGAUGAAUUUAGAAACAUUUGCUCUUUUUGUAAGGAGAGCAAACAGUGGCAAAAUAAAUCAAAUAAAUCAGGAAUCUUUUAUCUACCAGAUUCCUGGUGUUUUGCUCUUUCUUGAUGAGUAACUGAUUGAUGUAAACAUUAAAGUGCACAAUUAUAUUGAAAUCCCAUGUUUGUUUGUUUUUGGCUUUCCUGUACUGAUGAUUGUCAGUAAUACGUUUUCCCAAUGUUGCAAAAUCAAUUAUCUCAUUACAGUGAUUGUAGAACUUUAAGAAAACAUUGUGCAAACUUUAUAGACUGCAGAAAAAUCUGCUUCAUGUGAUGGCUUAACAAUAAUGUCUUCUCCUUUCCUUUGUUCCAUCCCAAAGCUCUGAGCACCUAUCCCCAACCAAGUAAAUCAGGCCUAAUCAGUGUGGCUUUAUUAGAGCAUUGCUAUGUUGCAAAAAUAUAUAUUUUUUUUAUAAAACUGCCUGUGUUGAUGAUUCUCUGCUAUCUUUUAAUAUACUUUGAGGAAAGGUUAGGACUCUCAUCAUUUUUCAUAGGUAUUAUCCACUGAAUUAAAAAAAAAAUCAAUUGCGAUUUUAAUUCCCAGGAAGAGAAGUUCAGAGUUUGGUAAACUUGUCUGAAUUGGUGUAAGGUUUCCUGCCUAAGCAGGGGGUCAGACUAGAAGACAUUCAAGGUCCCUUCCAACUCUGUUAUUUUAAAUUCUAAAUCCCUUCUGGUUAUAGAGGUGAUGAUUUAAUGUAUGUUCAAAACACACUGCCCAACCUCCAGCAGGAAGAAGCUGAGAAACUUGACAUUUUAUAAUGAUCAGUCGAAUUCUAUGUGAAUCUAGAUUUUUGGAUUUCAGCUCAAGAAAAGAAAAAUCUGUAUCAUUAAAAAUAAAUCCAGGCAUUGUUUUUGCGCAUUGGAGCCAAAAAUUAUGAAAUAUAAAGGAAACAGAUGCAAGAAAAGAUGGGAAACAAAAAAAAAGCAAAAUAUUUAUUUUGGUUCCUAAUCUACACCCGAUUCCUACUUUUUAUCACUGUCUUUUUAAAAUUUCACCUCAUCUAUAAAGCCCUUGAAAAUCUCAAUCCAUUCCCCAGCGAAUUAAGGCAGUAGAUAUAAAAUGUCAUUUAUAAGUGUUUUUGCUUAGUCUUGCCCUUCAAUAAAGUAUAGAUUGUAGCCUUAUAAAGGCAGGAACCAAUCAUUCUGCUACUCUUAUUUUACAACAUUCUAUCUGUUGAUGGUAUGAUGUAACAGUAACAGUAAUAAAGUUAAAGUAAAAUCUGCUUUGUAGAUUUUACAGAAAUAUUGGUGCUCCCCGUACACAUACAAAAAAAUCUUACUAUCUUUACUUUGUUAACUCAGCGUGAUCAGAUUGGCUGUGAGAAAAUCCUCUUUUUUUAAAAAAAAAAAGUGUGUUUUGAAUCAUGGAAAAAUGACUGUAAUCUGAGGAAUUAAAUUCUUGAAAGCACUGGCUUUUUAGCUGGAAAAA